AAUAAGCAUUUAAUGCGAACUACAGUAUACAUGGAAAGUAUAUAGAUGCUGAUAGUGUGAACAGAGCGAUAUAUGUGUAUUAUAUUAAAUAUGGUAAAAAAAUCGCAACGGGUAAAUUCGCCAGAGAAAAUCUUCUAUAAAUCACGACCAUCAGAACAAAUUCACAAUUGUAAUUUUCCUUGUCUGAAUAAUUCUCAUCCAUCGAUCAACCAUGGAAAACAACAAAGAAUUAACUAUUUGCAAGAAAAAAACAAUGGGUCGAAGGAAGAUCGAAAUAAAAAAAAUCGAAAAGAAAAGCAGUCUGCAAGUUACAUUCUCCAAGCGGAGAAUAGGCCUGUUCCGAAAAGCCAGCGAACUCAGCGUUCUCUGCGGUGCGGAAAUUGCGAUUCUUGUGCAGUCUCCGGCGAAUAAGAUCUUCUCGUACGGCCACCCCUCCGUAGAAACUUUGAUCCACCGCCACCAGACCGGCGGGGGAGGCGGAGGCAGCAGCGCAGCCUCGAGUAUCAUCCCUUACAAGGAAGACGGAAGGAGUAAGUACGACGAAGCUGUGAAGAAACUCGAGAUCGUAAAGAGAUCAAUGAAGCAAGAGAGUAGCAGUAGUAGUAAUACAAGAUUCUGGUGGGACGAACCGUUAGAUGGCAUGGAACUGUACGAACUUGAGGAAUAUGCCGAAGCAAUGGAAGCUUUGAAGGAUAACGUCUCGCGCAGAGUCGAGGAGAUGGAGAAGCAGAAAUCAAACGCUGCUUCCGCUUCCACGUCGGAUCUUGAUCGUAGUUUCCAGAUUAAUUAUCAAGAUUUCGAUGGAUGUAAGAGCGAGUUAGAAGAGAUGUUGAUCAAAGCGGAGGCUGGAGUUCUAGACAUUGAUGAACUAUUUAAUUUCACUCAAGAUCCAACCAUCUUUUUCGACCUCUGA